CCACCACCGCCAGCCAACCAACCACUAUGCCACUGGCCCACCCUGUUGGUUAUUGGUCCAGGGCCGGCUAAAGCAGACUGCGAACCGCAGAACACACCGCCCCUGAGCCCGAUGCGAUGCACCGCAGCCACUCGGCUCUCAGACCACGUCAACUCCACGCGCUCGCGUGCAUUUUCGGGUCGCAGGAAAGUUGUGAUAUAUUUAUUAUUUUACGAGUCUUUUUUUUUAGUUUUGCUCAGCCGGUUGAGAGCAACUUCGGCGCUGCUGCUCGAAGUCAAUGUUGCCGCUCUUGUAAGUUGUUGCGGUUUCAGCUUUUCUUCGAAUACAUAAUCGUUAUUAGAAUUUUAUUCCGCAUCCAAGGGGGACUCAUUGCGCACACCAUGCCAUUGUCUCGCUCCAUCUCGGUGACGUCGGUGGGCGAGUGGAGUCUGGAGCAGAGACCUCACGAAGGCGCCGUGCUCUUUGAAGUCGCGUGGGAAGUCGCGAACAAAGUCGGCGGCAUCUACACGGUGAUCCAGAGCAAAGUGAGGCAGACGAGCGUGGAGUGGGGCGACAAUUAUUUCCUCAUCGGCCCAUACUUCGAGCACAAUGUGCGCACCGAGGUGGAGCUGGGCGAGCCGACGAACCCUGCCGUGCGCCGAGCCAUGGAGGCCCUCGACAACCGCGGGUGCAAGGUGUACUUUGGCCGCUGGCUGACGGAAGGGGGCCCCUCUGUGGUGCUGUUCGACAUCGAGAGUGCCCGGCACCACCUGGAUCAGUGGAAGGGCGAGCUGUGGGAGGCGUCGAACAUCGGCGUGCCGUGCGAUGACCGGGAGACCACAGAAGCCGUCCUCUUUGGUUUCCUCACAGAGGCGUUUCUCAAAGAGUUUGCAGCGCAGAGCGAGGAGCACCUGCCGAUCGUGGCUCACUUCCACGAGUGGCUGUCGGGCGUGGGGCUGCUGUUGUGCCGCCUACGACAGCUGCCCGUGGCCACGGUGUUCACGACGCACGCCACGCUGCUCGGGCGCUAUCUGUGUGCCGGCAACACCGACUUCUACAACAACAUGCAGCACUUCGACCCCGACAAGGAGGCUGGCGAGCGUCGAAUCUACCACCGCUACUGCAUCGAGCGCGCGGCGUCGUACUGCGCCCACGCCUUCACCACCGUGUCUCGCAUCACGGCCUACGAGGCUGAGCAUCUGCUCAAGCGCCGGCCAGAUUUCAUCACCCCCAACGGCUUGAGUCUCAAGAAGUUUUCGGCGACGCACGAGUUCCAGAACCUGCAUGUGCUCAGCAAACUGCGCAUCCAGGAGUUCAUUCGGGGGCACUUUUACGGGCACAUUGACUUCGACUUUGAGAAAACACUGUUUUUGUUCACGGCCGGGCGAUACGAGUUCACCAACAAAGGGACGGACUUAUUCCUGGAGGCACUCACUCGGCUCAACUACCGCCUGCAGACGUCCCUCAGCGAUGUGACUGUGGUGGCUUUCCUCAUCAUGCCGGCACAAACCAACAACUUCAACGUGGAGACGCUGAAGGGGCAGGCGGUGCGAAAGCAGCUCUGGGACACGGCUAACACGAUCAAAGAAAAAUUUGCAAAGAAGCUUUACGAGUCACUCUUGAUGAGUGAGAUUCCAGACAUCAGUCACUGUCUGGAUGGGGAGGAUGUUACGCAUCUGAAGAGAGCAAUAUUUUCUGCACAGAGACACCUGCUGCCACCCGUGUGUACUCACAACAUGCAGGACGACAACAGCGAUCCCAUCCUCAACACGGUGCGCCGCAUCGGCCUCUUCAACAACCGCAGCGACCGCGUCAAGGUCGUCUUCCACCCGGAAUUCCUCUCCUCCGCCUCUCCACUGCUUCCCAUGGACUAUGACGAGUUCGUCAGGGGCUGCCACCUUGGGGUCUUCCCCUCUUACUACGAGCCCUGGGGCUACACGCCUGCCGAGUGCACAGUGAUGGGUAUCCCCAGUGUGACCACCAACCUGUCUGGGUUCGGCUCCUUUAUGGCGGAACACAUCGCCGAUCCCACAUCCUACGGCAUUUACAUCGUGGACCGGCGCUUCAAGUCACCCGAGGAGUCGUGCGAGCAGCUCACGCGCUUCCUGUUCAGCUUCUGCCGGCAGUCGCGGCGCGAGCGCGUGGUGCAGCGCAAUCGCACCGAGCGCCUAUCGGACCUGCUCGACUGGAGGUAUCUGAACAAGUUUUAUGCACAGGCCAGACACAUGGCACUGGCCAAGAAGUUUCCGGAAAGUUUCACUUAUGAUGCUGAGGAAACUGAACUGGAGGAGGCUGGAUUCCGCUAUCCUCGCCCGGCCUCCGUGCCGACCUCCCCGUCGGCCUCUCUGCGCUCAAACUCCUUCCUGAGUGAGAGUGAGAAUGGCGGCGGUGAAGAUGAUGAGGAGCGCUACGACGAGGAACAGGAGGCGGAGAUUGACCGCAUCAACAUUCGGCCGCCCCAAAUGCUGCUGGAGAGACCACCCCGCGAACGGCGCAAGGCUCGUAAAACCGGCGUGCGGCCCAAGGCGAAUGCAGCGGCGGCACGGCAGGAGAGCUGACGUACUGGCUUGUUCCAAUGACCUGGGCAAGAUUGGCAAUUGUUGGCAUUGUUGACGUCUCGUGCUCGUGGUUGGCAACUCCUAGACCUUUCAUGCCAGGUGUGGUUCGGCUUUAAAAUGUAAUUUUACGGAUCAUCGCUCGCGGUGUGAAUGGUUUGUUGAUGCCAUCGUUUUGUUGGGGAGUCUGGCAUGUGAUGGCUUUUGCGUUACCCAUUCCCGCUGUGUGUGAUGUGCGAAUCUGAAAACGUAGUCACCCCGAUGGAAAGACUGAUUUAUUUGUAACUUUUGUUUUGAUUCUAUCGACAUUUACAUUAAGAGCCUAUAUGUUGGUAAAUGAGAUGUCCUGCAGCGUGUUUUUUUGUAGUGAAAAUUCUAUUUUCUGGUCCACUUUGUGAUGAUUUAUUUGAAAUUUAAAUUUGGAGCUGUGUGGAGGAGGCAUCAAUGUUCACAAUGCUAAACGAUCAACCUAACUCAAUCCUGAGGACUACCCCGAAUCGUAUAGAUUUGUCAGCCAUCCACUUUUGCACUUUGCAUGAGUUACAUAUGGAUAAACAGGCAGUCAUGUGAAGCACCACCUGCUCAUUUGGAAAACCCAAGUGGCUCAAUAUCCCAUUCACAGGAUUAUAGGAUGCUCCGGAAAUUAAUAUGAAGAGACACUACGAACGUAUGCUCGGUGUCAAUAAAGUUAUACAAAUCUGGUCAUACAUACCCCGACUGAAAUUAUAAGAAGCACCCCAUAACGCUUCUAAAAGAGGGGGAGAAGGUGCGUCUUUUCAAUCAGUAGCAUAUGGUUGCUUCAUGGUCUUUGUCAGAACUCUGAGGUUUACACUUUAGUAAUCUAAUCCACAAAUCUCACAGAAUUUCAGUUACAAGUUAAGUUGCAGUGUUUUAGAAUUGGAAUUUAAUAUAUCCUAACAUGUGCUAAAAAUGUUCACGGUAAAAAGAGCAAAUUUUUUUUAUGUGAACAAGGCAGGCUGGGGUACAUAUCGUAAAACAAAUGCAUAUGUUUCUAUCUUUGCCAAGACAUUUCACUUUUGCAUGGUGUUUUGCACUUGGAUGAAAUAAAACAAAUCCCAUA